AUGGUGAUAGAAGAGAGCGAAAAACGUUAUCAUAUCUCACGAGGGAUGGCUUUCUUCCAACAUGUCUUUGUUGUUCAACUUUUGAACAAACUGUACAAUGUUAAGGGGCACUACUUUUCAAGUAAUGCAGUGGAUAGUCAACAAGCUGGUGGCACUAUAGAUGUACCUUUAGCACAAACUGGUGAAGGUAUUGCAGAAUGUGAACUCCUCAAAUGGUUUGUCCAGGAUGGAGACCAUGUUGAAGAAUAUCAACCUCUUUGUGAAGUUCAAAGUGAUAAAGCAACUAUAGAAAUAACAAGCCGCUAUAAAGAGAAAGUUUCCAAGAUUCUGCAUGCUCCUGGUGACCAUAUAAAGGUUGGAGAAACUCUAUUACACUUGGUGGUUGAUGAUUCUGCUGUUCCAUUUAAUGAUUAUGAUGCAUCAGUAGUUUCUGAUGGAUCAAAGUCUGAUGAACACAAGCUAGAGCUCAGAAAGAGUCAUGCAAAUGACAAUUUAUCCACCCCUGCUGUUAGAAGUCUUGCAAAGCAACAUGGUAUUGAUUUAGCUGAUGUCACUGGAAGUGGUAAACAUGGAAGAAUAUUGAAAGAAGAUGUUCUAAAAUAUGGUGUAGAAAAAGGAAUUGUUGAUGACAAACCUGCUUUUAAUCCUACUUCUAUCGAAACCAUGUCUGGACCUGAAGAACAACUUCAAGAGAUGGCUAGAGCUCAGAAAGAGUCAUGCAAAUGA